CCGGCAGUGUCAGUGGGAAAUGUUGGUCAGCUGGCAAUAGAUCUAGUGAUUUCCACACUUAACAUGACUAAGGUUGGUUACUUCUACACUGAUUGCCUGGUGCCAAUGGUUGGCAAUAAUCCAUAUGCAACAGCAGAAGAAAACUCAAUGGAGCUGAGUAUAAAUGCUGAAGUGUAUUCUUUACCUUCAAAGAAGCUUGUAGUUCUGCAGAUCAGAUCACCUUUUAUAAAGAACAAGUACAGGCCAUUCUGUCAAACACUGCUCUCUUGGGUGAAAAGCAGCAAAUGUGCCAGAGUCAUUCUUCUGUCUAGCAGCCAUGCGUACCAGCGUGAUGAUGAGCAACUUCUUGGGACACCACUACGCUACCUGCUUACACCUGAUCUUGAGAAAGCAGUUGGAGGCCUUGUGCAGGAGCUAAACUGGAAAGAAAUGGAAAAAGUAGCAGCCUACCCUGGAAUAAAUGAUACAGAAAAAGUUCUACAUAUUCCUGGAGGUGGCAUCACAAAACUGUUGUUUACUGAGAGCUGUUCAAAAGGAAUCCAAAUGGCAGUUCUUCUAAAAUUCUGCUCAGAAGGGGACAACAUCCCUGAUGCGUUUGCUCUUGUUAACUAUCUUAAUGAGUGGCUCCAGUUAAUUAAAGGCGAGAGCAACAAUUCCACAGAUACUUCUUCACAAUGGAAAAUACCAAGUUCUUGGCGAUUACUUUUUGGCAACGGUCUCCCACCUGCACUCUUCUGAUGAGUUUUGAGUUCUUCUGUAAGUCACAUGUGCAGUCUCACACACCUUUGAGAAGGUGAUCACAUAGCAAUUGCCAAGCAACAGCAGCUUCAUUUGUUGUGUGCACAGAUUCUUUAUUUAAGAAAACUUCCUUUCACAUAUAUGGGUAGCUAAUGAAAUUAAGGUAACUUUCACAAGUUGACCAAAGAAAUAUGGUUUGUACAGUUGUUUAUUGAAUAACUUGGGUUUAAUUUUUUUCUAAUAAAAUAUUUUUUAA